GAAAUCGGGUGUGGGAUACAAAUAUGGGGGUGUGUGGGAACAUCAUAACAGACAGACAUGCUGUAAGAGCCAAAGAGAAAAUUGGAGAAGUGGGAAACAAAAGCUAGAGUAAGGGAAUUGAAAGACAAUCGAGGUGAGGGACAGUCUUAUUACGAGAAGGAGAGGAAGUACUCCACGGGUGUGACAGAAGGAGGUGAGACAGAGACGUACACACACGUAACUACAUGAAAGGCACUUUAGAAGCAAAUCACACAUUUCCUCAAACUCGUCCUCAAGAGGAGAGAAGUCCGUAAGAGAAAAAGAUGGCAAAAAGCAGUCUGUAACGAGAAGAAAAGAACUCCAACUAGGAAAAGGGAACAUUUGAAAUUUCAUUUGACUACACUGUAUAUGUAUUUUGCUUUUCCACUGAUGCAUGGAUGAUGCCUCCUCUCUGAGCUCAUAUUUCAUUAGUAGGUAAUGGGCUGCAAACAGUGCAAAGAAGAUGAAGUGGCAAAGGCGGAGGAGAGUGCCCUGGAGAACCCCCAGAGGUAUUGUCCAGAUCCCACAAGCCAGAUGCCUUUUAGAACUCAAGAAACCCACACACCAUUCAUCAAUACGGGAAUAGGAGGGGUCAUGUCGGGCCCCAGCCAUAGAGGAAUGGGAGUAGGAGUAACAGCAGGGGCAACCCUGUUUAUUGCUUUGUACGAUUAUGAUGCUCGCACAGAGGAUGACCUGACCUUUCAAAAGGGAGAGAAGUUCCAUAUUAUUAACAACUCAGAGGGUGAUUGGUGGGAAGCUCGAUCGCUAAGUUCUGGAAAUACAGGAUACAUCCCCAGUAAUUAUGUGGCACCUAUGAAUUCCAUUCAGUCAAAAGACUGGUUCUUUGGAAAGAUUGGCCGGAAGGAUGCAGAGAGACUACUUUUGAGUGAGGGGAAUCCAAGAGGAACCUUCAUGAUCAGGGAGAGUGAGACAACUAAAGGUGCAUACUCCCUUUCUGUUCGCGACUGGGAUGCUAGCAGGGGAGACCACGCAAAACAUUACAAGAUCCGCAAGCUAGACAGUGGAGGAUUUUAUAUUACAACAAGGGUCCAGUUUAAUACUGUGGAGGAGCUGGUGGAACACUAUGGUGAGUUCAAUGAUGGGUUGUGUCAUCUGCUUACAAGUCCAUGUAUCAACCAGAAACCUCAAACACUCGGGCUUGCAAAAGAUGCUUGGGAAAUAACUAGAGAUUCCAUCAGUUUGGAUAAAAAACUGGGACAAGGCUGCUUUGGAGAUGUCUGGAAGGGAACAUGGAAUGGAACAACUAAUGUGGCUGUGAAGACCCUAAAACCUGGUACGAUGUCUCCAGAAGCUUUCUUGGAGGAGGCUCAAAUCAUGAAGAAGUUGCGUCAUGAUAAACUGGUUCAGUUGUAUGCAGUUGUUUCUGAGGAACCUAUUUACAUUGUGACUGAAUUUAUGACAAAAGGCAGUUUGCUUGAUUAUCUGAAAGAUGGGGAGGGACAUUUCCUGAAGCUGCCCCAGCUGGUAGACAUGUCUGCACAGAUAGCAUCUGGCAUGGCCUAUAUUGAACGGAUGAAUUAUAUACACCGCGAUCUCAGAGCUGCCAAUAUUCUUGUGGGUGACAAUUUGAUUUGCAAGAUUGCGGACUUCGGCCUUGCACGGCUCAUUGAGGACAAUGAGUAUACAGCACGACAAGGUGCCAAAUUUCCCAUUAAGUGGACGGCCCCUGAAGCUGCUCUGUAUGGUAGAUUUACGAUUAAAUCAGAUGUCUGGUCAUUUGGGAUCAUGGUGUGUGAGCUGGUGACAAAGGGACGAAUUCCGUAUCCAGGCAUGAGCAACAGGGAGGUUCUAGAGCAAGUUGAGAGAGGGUAUCGUAUGCCUGCACCCCCUGGGUGUCCACCUUCACUCCAUGAGUUAAAGUUACAGUGUUGGAGAGGGGACCCAGAGGAACGACCAACUUUUGAAUACUUACAGUCCUUCUUGGAGGAUUACUUCACCGCCACCGAGCCCCAAUACCAGCCAGGUGACAACAUAUAAAAUGUGGAAAAACCUUCUUUAUGAUCAUAAUAAAACUAAAGAAUCAUCAGUACAAGGAGGGUCACCCAAAAGGAUCAUAAGAAAAUGACUAAGAAAUAUCUCAGGAUGUUUACCUUCACGAUUAAGCAAAACAUUAUCACUUAGAGCUGUGGAUUUUCUAUCCCCUGAACAUGUGGAUCACAUGUUCAAGGGCUAGUUUACACUUAAAUUAUGGCAUACAUUGGAGACCAUGGGCAAAAUUAUGGUAAAAAAAAAAUCUCCCUGGGGACCAAUUUAGCCCACAGGCCUCUAGCUGGACUGGUUGGAACUAUAGCAAUGUGACUCCAGGCGUAUGAGAAAACCAUAAUGGAGACCAUGUUUUAUUGAUCACAGUGUGAGCCCAAUCCCAAAGAAAACACAAGAAACAGAGGCAGGCCCAAGAAUCUGUGAAAGAGGAUCAUCCUAUUGUGUAUGCGCAUUAUAAGAACCCUUAUCAAAAAAGACAAACCAAUUUGCUGAGGCCAGGAAAGUUACUUUUCCAACCAUGGCCAGCAGGAGUGGACAUAAAUGUUUGUUGCAGAUGCAUGGGUAGACAUAGAAGCACCCCUGGGAUCUUUAAAGAGGAAUAGAUAUCUAUGCAAAAGGGAUUCUUGUGCCUUUCUUGUAAUUAAAUGCUGUCUCAUGGGAAAACUACUUUGAGACACAUGAUUUGCAAAUCUAUUCUGUUGUCGGGAAAAUUGAGCAUCCCUCAUUACCUGGAAAUCAUAAUUAACUGGAAAAAAAAGAAAUACAAAUAAUUCAGUCUGUGGAGUGCUGUUCUACAGAGUUGGCUCCUGAAGGAGUUGAAUUUGCACAUAGCAUUGUAUAUGGUUUGACAAAUUACAAGUCUGGAAACUAUACAGUCAAUAAUGUAGCAUCAGAAGGGUCAUCAUGAACAUCUGCUAAAUUCUCUUCUGUCUCUUCGGACAUUCUUGUCUCUUUUCACUGUCAAGUAUGUCUCAGCCCUUGUACGUUCUCUGGCUAAGGAUGCUGGGAUUUGUAGUUUUCAAGAGUUUUAGAGAUGCAAAUUUGAGACUCUUGGAUUAUUGAUUCUUCUUUUCCCGAAUCUCUGUUUAACUUUGUACCCUAACCUUUUUAUCAUUCCCUAUCUCCUCCCCCAUCUCUGUCUUUCUCUCUCUCCUUCUGCCUCUCUCAGGGGUUAUGUUACAGACACCUCUCAGCUGAUUCAGAGGUUUUCACACCUCCCUUCUUGUGUAAAGUCCUCUCCCCCCUCCCCCUAACUCCCAGGCUGGCUUUUUCUGCUGUGUGUGCAGAGACUGAUUGGCAUAGAACCAGCCCUUUCCCUCUUCAUACAGUGCCAGCCCCCCUCCCACACCCUUCACUGCUGGGGUUACUGAGGGGAGAAGGAAGAAAACAGGAGGGAAGGUGAGAUGAGGUGCUGGUGGCUAAUGGUGCAAGAAGGGAGAAGAGUAAAAGGGUGGUGGGGGGUAGGGAAUGGGCAUAAAGUAGGAAGGAUCUCUCUUCAAAUGACAAGUAGUAGGAGUGGGCAUUAAUAUAAUUAAAAUAUUCUAUUAAGAGUACCAACAGAGGUGUACUGCAUAGAUGAAUCAUGUACACAGAACUGUAAGAGUCAAAAUGAAACAAACUUGCUUGAAAGAGCUUACAAUCUAAAGUAAGGAUAACAAGGUAAGGGGGAAACGGCUGUUUUUAUAGCCCACAUGCUGAACACCAGGGUACACAGUAAAGCAGAUGUGAUUUCAUUCAGGUGUCGGAAAGAGAGGUAAACAAAUCUACAAACUGUCUGUCAGGGUCCUGGGCAAGUCAAGAAGUUGCAAAUCUAUUGCAACUAAAGGUCCAUAGGUUAGUCACCCCUGAGGUAUGUAUUAAAAAUAUGCAAGAAUUGCCAUAUGUGCUUAUUUUGUAUCCCAACGGACCCCUCUAGUGUUGAAGAUUCCAAGAAAGAUGUCCACUCGCCCAUAACCCACAAUCAAGCCCUGUUGUCUGUGAAGAGAAAAAAGUACUCAUGAAUUCAAUGGUGUAGCUAUAGGGGGGGACAGAUGCUGCGCCUGAAGGGGGCAAAGGUGGAGUGGGUGUUCUGUUAGGUCUACAAUUACUAAUCAGCUGCCACCACACUGGUUACAUUCCAAUAUGUAUUAUAGAUCAACUGAUUAACAUUAUUAUCAUUCAUAUAACAGAGGGAGAUCAAUCAUUCAUACCACCCCCCUGUCCCAGUGAAACUUACAAUCAAAUUUCCGGCACAACAGGGUUAAUUUCAUUAGGAUCCAAUUAAACUAUCCGUAUAUUUGUUGAGUGUGAGAGGAAACAGAAAGAAAUCCAUAUAAAAGCAAUAAGAACAUUCAAGCUCCAAGCAGACAGCACUUUGGUUGGAACUGAGCCUCAAACCGUGAAGUAGAAAUGCUAAUAACUGUGCCACGCUGUCCCAUUUAUGGCCUGGGGCAAAAAAGUACAUGCUCUGGGUCCAGUUCUGUGUAAAUCAGACAACACAACUCAAAGGAAAAACAUACCCUAUUCCCAAGUACAAAUUUUCUUUACUUUAUUUUUAUAUACAGAGGCCAUAAUGUGUGAGAGCAUAGAUUAUUUUGUGUUGACAAUAUUUCUUUCUUUGCAUUACAUUUUGAUUGGGAGCUGACAUAUUACUUGUCUUUGAGGGGGCACUAUCAAUAUAAUGGCAUGUCUGUUUUUGUAAUAUACCUAAAAAAUUACCUAACCAACCAAUAUGGCAACCUCUACUCCACAGUCAGGAUCAACUGUCCCAUCAUAACAAUAAUAAUAAGGGAUAAUAAUAAAGGAAGUUAUUGCUUAACUUA